AUGGCCCUCAGAAACUAUUUGUACGCCAAACACGACAACAACCCAGCCAUGAGCAGCCAGAUCAGCGGGGCUCCGCGGGCGGAGUCCGGCGACUUUGUGGCUACACGCGACAAGAUUGCCAGUUUGACACUUGAAGGGUGUCAUGGUGGAGACAAUGGUGAGUGUAAACAAUGUCCCAGUUGUCCGAGACGGAAGGAAAGAGAGCACAAAGCGGCCACUGCUGCCAAAUCAAUUAUUGAGGUUGAAGGUGGCGAACCGGUGAAAUCGCGCGAAAUUGACUACACCAAUGUUGCCUUUUAA